UCCUCCAUUAUUCUCCCAAUCAAAAUUCAGUGUAUCUUUUACACUACCAAUGAGCAAAGAAGGAAGAAGAAGACGAAACGGGCCUUCAUGGAGCUGGACCUCCGCCUUCGUCGGCGCCGCUACCGCCGCCGCCGCAGUAGCCGCACUCUCCUCAAAACCACGUGACCCAGAUUUCCACCUCAUAUCCAUCGACUUAACUUCCUUCAAGCUCAAUUUCCCCGUCUUAGACGCCGAGCUCAUACUAACAGUCCACGUCACUAACCCUAACGUAACCUCAAUUACCUACUCCUCAACUGAAAUGUCCAUUUUCUACUCCGGCGAACACCUCGGCUCGGCUCGGGUCAAAGCCGGAUCACAGCCGCCGAGGUCAUGUCAAGUGUUACGGCUACCGGCGAGGCUUAGUGGAGGACAGCUGGCACAUCACGGGAAGAAAUUUGUUGCUGACGUGGCGAAGAGAGAGAUGGUGCUGGAUUCCACUGUGGAUAUUGAAGGAUUUGCUAAAGUGAUGUGGUGGGACCAUAAGUUUCGUGUGCACGUGGAUAGUCACGUGACUGUUGAUCCGGUUUUUCUUGAUGUUAUUGAUCAGGAAAAUAAAUCGGCUUUGGAGGUGUUUGUUAGAUGACGGUCCGAUCCGGUCCGGUUGAGCUGACGUGGUUUUUCCGGUUAGUGUAUUGUAUCUGUUUAAUUUGUAGUAACUAUAUAUUAUUACUAAUGUAUUUCAUAUCACGUGGUUAAUAAAUUGUUUAAGGUUUAUCAGUGCAA